GGGACUUGUAUUGCAUUUUCCGGGCACGCUGCAGGCUGAGGCCCCUCAUGCAGUCUCUUUCAAAAUGCUUUACUCGUUUGUACGCUACCAUUCCACAGCCUGCAGCCGUUGCUAGGACCGCCUCUACACCCCGGCAAGUCCGUCUUCGCCGCCUGCGCAAACGAAAGGCACCCGUUCCCCCAGGCAAGUCCGACGCCCUGCCUUCUGGCGCAACGCCCAGCGAGCAUGACCGCUACCGGCGCCUGCGCGCGCUCGGCGAGCUUGUUACGAGAGACGGCGCACACGAGUACUCGGAGGAGGAAUGGCUCGACAAGCUGAACAGCCAGCGCACGCGCAUCCGCGGUAUCGUGCAGGUGAAGCAGGGCGAGGAUGCGGGCAAGAAGAAGAUCGUCGGCCAGCGCGUCUACCUCCCGAACCUCGUCUUCCGCCUCGUGCGCAACCACACCCCACCCGGCCAGCCGUACAACCCGUACGAGGCCACUUUCCGCGUCCCGCAGUCCGUCACCAAGAACGACGUCCGUGGCUACCUCGCCAGCGUCUAUGGCGUCAAGACCACGUACAUCCGCACCGACAACUACCUCUCGCCCGUCUACCGCGGCGGGAACGGCUCCUGGUCCGUCACCAAGAGCUAUAAGACGUACAAGCGCGCCGUCGUCGGCCUCGUCGAUCCCUUCUACUAUCCCCAGGCGCUCGAGGACAUGCACCAGGAGGAGCGCGAGGCGCGCCAGAAGUGGAUCGAGGAUAAGUUUGGGCUCGAGAAGAUCAGGGAGUACAGGCAGUAUAUCCUCCUGAGAAUGACGAGGAAGAACUCCAAGGACUGGAAGUGGAGUGGCGUCAGCCCGAACCGGCGAACUAUUAUGAAGAAGAUCGGGCUCGCCAGGAGCGAGAGGGAGGCGCAGAUCCAUAACACAAAGAAGAUGAUCUUGGAGGCGAGGGCGAGCGGGAAGCCAAUAUCCGAAGUCCUGGCAUCCAGUCAGACAGAGGCACCCGCGUCAUGACGUUACCCAUAGAUUAGUGCUUACUUUAGAUGUGAACCCUAAUGACACUGCGGCCAUCGCCUU